AUGACCAGGGAUAGGCUCGCUAAACAGAUAUUACAGUGGGAACCACAAGGAGGAGAAACAAGAAUUGGAAGACCACCAACAUCAUGGAGAGAAACAAUUACUAGAGACUUAAAAGAAAUGGGGUUGACUUACGAUGAAGCUAUACAAUUGGUAAGAAACAAAAACGAAUGGGAUGCAUUUUUAUUGCCCGUUGCAUCAAAUGGUGACUGGUCAAAUAGAUAG